CCCCAAAGUACUCCAUCCUCGCCAACACCCCCCAAUGGCCUCUGUCCUCCCCGUCAUCCUCACCCUACUCCUCUCUUCUCCUUCUUCCUCUCUCUCAACCCACCCCAACCCCUCCUCUCCCCUCCCUCCCUCUAACCUCAUAACAUCAACAUGCAACGCCACAACCUACUACGAUUUCUGCGUCUCCUCCCUCUCCUCCUCCUCCUCCAAUGCCACCUCCGUCAAAUCCCUAUCUACCGUCCUCAUCUCCCUCGCCAUCGCCAAUGCCACCAAUACCUCAUCCUUCGCUUUCUCCCGCUCCAAAUCCACCUCCAAGAACCCUACCCUCUCUUCCCUCUACCGUGCAUGUGCGGAGAAAUACACACAUGCUCGCGAGUCGCUUCAGUCCUCGCUUGAUGAGAUUUCAAAUGAGGAGUAUGAUUAUGCAUUUGUUCAUGUGAGCGCUGGUGCGGAGUACGCUAACGUGUGCCGUGUGCUGUUCAGGAGGACUAAUGGAACGGUGGUGGUGUAUUCGGUUGAGAUGGCGAAGAGGGAGGAGGUGCUCGAGAGGCUCUGCGCCGUAACGUUGGAUGUUAUCUCGCUUCUUGGUUGAGAUGUGGACCAUGUGCCCUGUUUCCUUUGAUUUGAUUGUUAUGAUUAUGAUCAUGAUUAUGAUUAAUUAUUAUUAUUGUUAUGAUUGUUUUGGGGUACAUUUUGUAAGAGGGCCAUGAAUAGACCUUCGUUUGCAAAGUGCGAUAGGGUUUUUUAUAGGAGAAAUGUUGCAAGAGAAAGUGAACGUGUCGGCGUUAUCUUUUUGGAUGUUUAAUUUAGAGGCUUGCACAUGAAAAUGGCUCAGAAUUUGCGGGUCGUUGAGGAAAGAGGGGCUCUAGGCGUUCUACUGUUUA